CCAGUCCUCAAGAUUUGUUUUGCACAUUGGCAUUAGUUCAGAAUUCGAAAAUAUUUUUUACCAAUUGCCUCCUAUUUUAUCUGAAAGUGGGUCUUAUAAGAUUACCUUCUAAGUAAUAAUGGAAUCCUCGAUUAAUCAAACUCCCUUCAAUCACCUUCUUCUGGACUUCAUCAUCGUUCAUCGAAAUUGGCUUGAUGGAUGGAUUUUCUGCGUCCCUCUAAAACCCGAACAUCGCCACUUUUUCUUAAAAAUAUUACUUCCCCUACACAAGCCAAGAACUUAUUUGCUAUAUUUUGCUCAACUUUCAAAUUGUGUUGCUUUAUUUAUCGAAAAAGAUUUUAGCCUUGUAAAGCCUACUUUUGACUAUUUACUUGGAAAAUGGCCUAAAGAUUAUUCCGCUAAAGAAGUUUUAUUACUAACGGAAAUUGAAGAAGUAUUGAGUCGAAUUGGAAAUAAUGAAUUUAAUUUAAUUUGUAAGCCACUCUUUCGACAGUUGGGAAAAUGCGCGUCAAGUCUGCAUUUCAGGGUAGCUGAACGAGCACUCCAAUUAUGGAACAGUGAAACAAUUCUCUCCCUCAUCACCCCAAAUUACAGCCAUUUAUUAUUUCCUAUAAUGCUACCAGCAUUGUUUAAAGCUAAUGAGGCAAAUCAUUGGAAAAAUGAAAUUAAUAAUUUGGUGUACAAAUCAUUAAUGAGACUAAAACGAAUGGACACAUCUUUAUUCAACUUGUUAACUUGUGAUUACAACGAAAAUGAAAAUUACUUGAAAAUUAAAAAGGAGGAAAAUUUAUUUUUGAUUAAGAAAAAUGAAAAACACAUAAAUUAUUCAAAUUGUUCAAGACAACAUUCUAGAACGCAUUAACGGAAGCAAAGCCGUCUUCUUAAUAAUCUUCACAAUCUUCAACAUCAGUAAACUCGUUCAGAUCAAAAGGAUGAAUUUUUUUAUUUAAAUCUAUUGUGUGAUCCUUAAGAAUGUUAUUUGGCUCUUCUAUCUCGAUUUCAUCAUCUUCUCCUUAAUUAAAAAGAUUUACUACCACCAUACAAAAAAUUUGUAAUUUACCUUUAUCUUCACAUUCUCAUCCCCAGGUAACUCAUUCAGAUCCAAAGGUCUCUCGUUCAAAUCAAAAGGAUGCAUUUUCUUAUUUGAAUCAACAGUAUUUAUGUCAUCCUCAAUAAUUUUAUUUGGCUCUUCAACCUCGAUUUGAUUUUCCCGAUCCUCGCCAUUACUCCAUUCUUCCUCCCUUUGAUUAAAAAGAUAUUCUUCAUCAGAAUUCUCCUCGCAAACAAUUGGUAAUUUACCUUUAUUAAUAAAAUCAUCAGUCUGUUUAUUAACAUUUGAAGUUCCUUCGUUAUUACCAGAUUUAUUUUUCUUGUUUUGACGGUAUUUUCGAAAAUAUUUUUUGCGUUUUUCUUCGUUCUUUUUGUUAUACUCUUUUUGGUAAUCCCGUAUACUUUUUUUAUUUUCUUGAUAGUAAACCUUUUUAUCACUUUUUAUCCUUUCUUUAUUCCUUAUAUAGUAAUUUCGAUUGGUCUCAGAUACCUUUUCUUUAUUUAGUUUUCGGUAAUUUCGAUUAUUUUUAAGCAACCUUUCUUUAUUUUCCCUGUAAUAUUCUU